AUGCUCCGGCGUCGGAUCACUGAUCUUGAAAGUGAACUUCAGCGUCGGCCGAUCCAAUCUCCGAGCACCGCAAACGAGUCCCAAUCGCCUUCGGGGGAUACUGUAGCUGAGGACGCUGCAUUCAUAUUAGAGUUUCUGGCUUGGGGACGAAGAAAGAAUCCGGAUCUAUUGCCAGUAACAUCGCCUGAAGCUAUCACCCAAGCUUCGACCGUAGGAGAUGUCCAGAUUCCUCAACCGAAUUUCGACCUCGCAGCUUCAGAUGAAGGCAACUUCGAUGACCUUUCGCAGACUUCGGUCCUCCAACUGCUUCUUCCCGAGCCACAGAAGACGUGGGAGUUAGUGCUCUGGCACGAGAAUUGUCUAUUAUGGUAUCAUUGUUCCUACUAUGGCCCCUCUCUCAGGACCCAGUUGAAAAGCUUCUACGAUAAGUGCGACGGCUCAAUAGAGCAUCCAGGUAUCGAUCUCCAAUGGGUAGCCUUCUUAUUCUCCGUCCUGGCGGGGAGUAUCAUAUGCCUACCUGCCGAAGCGGCCGAAAGGUUUGGAUUUGACGAGAGAGAAAGAGACAUUCUCUCCAGGCGAUGGUUCCAAGCUGCAAUCAUUUGUCUCAAUAAAGCCGACUUUGCCUCCAACCAUUCGAUUCUUUCCAUCCAGGCUAUCACUACAUUGACCUUAUCCGCCCAUAUGCUUGGUUUCUCUAACCUCCAGUCCACUUACCUCGCCGCUUCUGUACGCAUUGCACAGAGCCUUGGUAUUCAUCGCCUUACUGCUACAGUUCCUGGGGUAGAAGUAGAAAAGGAGGCAGGGCGCCGUGUUUGGUCCCAGAUAUGUUGUCAAGACUGGUUCAGCCUCCCAUUUUCUGACACAUAUCUCAUCAAUCCGGCGUACUCGAAAUCGGAGCCGCCACUCAAUUGUCAUGAUGGCCAUCUCAUGUCCCUGCCAGAUUCUAUACCCACGGUUGCCGGCUACUCAAGAUUCCUAGGCAAGAUUGCACGGAUCAUGCCUCAACUACAGGAUGGGCUCAUGUCCUGCAACACACUGUUCACGAAAUAUGAACAGGUCCUGAAAUGGGACAAGCAACUGCGGACGAUCGCUAUUGCAAACCGACCAAGAUAUCUGUCCAAUGUACCCCUGGAGCCGGACUGGCCAGUGUGGAUUCAUUGGGCCCGAAGGUCGUUGGCGAUCUCAUCGUCUCACAAGAUCAUCAUGAUCCAUCGAUCUUUCCUUUCUAAGAGCUUCUCGAACCCAGCAUUCGCAUUCACGAGAAAGACCUGCAUGGCAGCUUCCAAGACAAUCAUGAAGGAAUAUAAGUGUGUGUUUGAAGAAGAUGGCCCUGUGUUAUGGAUACAUCAGGCGUUUGCCGUCGCAGCCUCGAUCAUCUUGAUCUUAGACCUAUUUCACUCUGGACCAGGCGAGCCAAGCAAUUCUGAGCAUUUACAACUUAUUAAAGAAAUGAUUGGAAUGCUCCACAAAUGCCGAAAUAGCACUAUUGCUGCUAGGGGUGUUAAGCUUCUCACAUCUCUAUAUGACGAAGUGUCUGGGACUGUGGCUCCUCAGGGAUCCAAGAGGACUUCAAGCGACGACAUUGAGGAAAGCAACAUGCGCUCUCAAAAGAAGCCACGCCUUUUCAAUGUGCCGGCAUUUGUAAAGGCAUUUUGCAAUGAGCAAAAAGCUCAGGCUACCCAAACUUCACAGCUUGAAGCUCCCGCCGUGCCCAACUCUAUUUUACUUACAGACAACUUUUUUGACGCGGGUCCAUUUGAUGAGGAGAGCAUAGAGAAUUUGUUCUAUUUAGCUAGUCAAGACUUAUCGAUGUAG